AUGCAAACACUUUCCUCUUUUUCUCUUCUCAUUUCCUUCUGUCUCUCCUUCCUCUCUCUUCUCCUCUACUUCACCUCCUUCAAAACAGAACUCUUGUGCGGUGUACAAACCUACUGGGUGCUACAAUUCGGAAACAAUCGUAUCCUUGACGUCACGGCGCCAUGGCCUGAACCAUUUCGCCAUACGAUUUCUACGUUGAUCCUGCCAAAAGAAGAAAGAAAGCUUGCUGCCCCUAUCUCGCUAUCAAAGCUGCAAUUUAUUCUCCGCUCAGAAACGACAUUCCUCGAGCCCUUGGAUUUUGCCCAGUCUUCGUUUAUCCUUGAUUGUGGCCCAAUCAUGUCUAGCGAUCGAACUCAUUCUCCAACCUCCACCUCUCCACCUUCCGGGCGUCGCCUUUCUUUAAACCCGGCCUCCCUCGGUGAUUUCUUCUCGAAACCAAACAAUUCAAACAUGAACAGCUCGACAGGCAAUUCUUCCUUUCCUAACCCGAUCACAACGGCCGCCGCUGCCAAUGCUCAGUCCGGCCGACGACGGAUGUCAAUAACCACACUGGGCCUCUCUGGUUCACCAACUCAGCCCUCACCUUUUGGCGCCUAUGCAGGUCGCCGUGACAGUCUCUCCAGCUCAGAGAGUUGCGAAGACGCCAUUGAGGAUGUUGAGCAUUCUCCUGCCAACAAUUCGGCGUCUCCAAUUGCUAGACGCGUCUCCUUCGGCGCUCAGGCAUUGAGAGAUGUCCGUGGAGGAAGCGGAUCUGGAAAUGGCGAGGGUUUCAACUGGUCCGCCGCCCUCCGGACAAGAGCCGAACGGGCUCCUUCUGUCGGAGGUUCAUAUCCAGCCUCUUCACACUUGCAACCAUCCCUAAUGGGCCUAAAUGAUCCUCAUGCUCACCAGCGAUCUGCGUCCAUCGCCAUCAUGGAGCAACCCACCCGCGAAAUUCCCAGGGAACCACGACAGAACAAACCGGAUUUCUUCCAGGAGAAGAUCCUUCGAGCUGAUUUUAUGGACUAA